UUGUUUUGAUUGACGUACCAAUACGGAUGUUGUCCACAACUACAGGAAAACAUAACAAAAUUCGCCUUUUUGGCAUUUUGUGGACAGGUUAGGACCCAUUUAGUUACACAGUGAUGAAACUUAAAGAGUUGGAAAGUUAUCUACAGCAAGUAGAUACAUUUGAAGAGCCGAAAAUCCUUCUGGAGCAAUACCCGACUAGUGCGCAUAUUGCUGCAUGUAUGCUCUACACAAUACACAACACAUUUGAUGACAUUGAGGGUAAACUAGUAGCAGAUCUAGGAUGUGGCUGCGGAGUCCUCAGCAUCGGAGCGGCGAUGCUUGAAGCAGGACUGUGCGUCGGAUUCGACAUUGACAAUGACGCACUGGACACAUUCAGAAGAAAUGUGGAGGAAUUUGAGGUUUCCACCGUUGAUCUGGUCCAGUGUGAUCUCUGUACUUUGAGGGCAGAAGAAUAUGCCAACAAGUUUGACACUGUCAUCAUGAAUCCUCCUUUUGGAACUAAACACAACCAGGGUAUGGACAUGAAGUUUUUAAGAGCAGCUAUAACGAUGGCAAAGACAGCUGUGUAUUCUCUACACAAAACAUCAACACGUGAGCACAUAGAAAAGAAAGCCAACGACUGGGGAGUGAAGAUGGAAGUUAUUGCAGAACUGAGAUACGACUUGCCAGCUUCUUACAAGUUUCACAAAAAGAAAUCGGUGAGUUUAUGGGCUGCUGCUCCAACACUCCUCCUGCGUCACGUAUUUGCAAUUCAUAAUGAAAACGUAAAAAAUAGCAAAUCUUUAUUUCUGAAAGGAAUCUAUGAGGGGGAAAGAGAACACACUGGCAUGAUGAUUCUGUUUGUCACACAACUAAAAUGUGUUGAAAUUAAAUUAGCCUCCAAGAGCAGAAAGUUAUGCAUUAUACAAAUGAAAUUGUCUUAAGAGUAACAUGGGUGCUUAUGGAAAAGAGCUGGAAAGGACUUGAAAAGCAGACAAAACUGAUGGCAAACAAACACUUCUCUAGGUUGACAUCCAGGUGGAUUUCCUGCGCUUCUCCAGAGUGUGACGUUUUGUUGUUUUUUUAUUGGAAUGGACUUUAGUUUGCCUUUGUAUCUAAUAAAUGUUUUCUCCAAAAGAAACAUUCUUGAGUGUGGUCUUGUCACUAAGAUCCAUUUUCAGUUUUGGCCACCUUUGCUGCAGGACCAUCCGCAUCUUCCAGUUCUCUCUUGGGGGCCGCCGGGGCUGUGGGGGAAGCACAAAUUGAGCAUUGUUGUCUUUACUAUCAAAACAUAAGAGCACGUUUUCAGCUGUUUUACCGUCUUCAUCGUCGCUGUCAAAUUUAGUCUUUUUGCCCUGGUACACUUGACUCCUUCCCUGAUCUCUGCCGCCUUUUCCCUUUCGAAAUCCUCUUCCUCUGCCGCCAAAUUUCCCUCUGCCUCCUUUAAAGAGAGAAAACAUGAACGUCAAGUACUUACUGGAAGCUGGGCUGGCUGCACGGGCUGAGGUGUUUGCCUCAGGGGCGUAUUGAGUCAUUUGGGGGCCCUCCACAUCCUUGUGACACUGACACUACACAAGGUCUUCAGUGUUUUCCUGCUUUUGAAAUCUGUUAUGUCUGCUUAAGUUGCUAGUUACAUAACCAUAUUUAUAUACGCCGCUCCCCCACUCCCAUAUAUUUUAAAUAUUAAUGUUUAUCGUCUGCAAACAAGUGUUACAAGCUACAUAAAGUUCUUAAAAUCCUCCUGGGGGAUUAUUACCACCUAACAAGUGAAUCAACACUUUUACUGUAAUUGAUAAGAACAUUAAGCAACAUUUAAUAUAGUUUACUGCUUUCAUAAUCACAUUUUUGUCAUGAACAGCCUCACUCUCAGUUCAUCUUUAGACCCCACAGUACAAAUUGUCCCUCGCUACAUCACGGUUCGAAUAUUGCUCCCUCACUCUUAUCGUGGAUUUUCAAAAAUUAAUUCAUUAAUAAAUGAUGGCUGUUUUGGUUGAAUAUGGCCUAAUAUAAGUAAAUAAAAAAUGAAUAUUUAAGCAAACUGUAGUUAUUCUUGGCCUAAAUUAAGCAAUUUCAAGCAUAAAAUUGCCAAAUGAAGUAACUAAAUGAACUAAAAUACAACUACAAGGCAGAAGCAGCAUUGUAACUGAAUCUAGUGCUCUACAUUGGCCACUAGGUGUCAGUAUUGUUAUUGACGAGACUCGUCACCAAGGUUGCCUAGGGAACACAUUUACUGUGACACUGCCAGAGCAGGAGUUUUAUUCACGUCUUACAUGGCUUUCUUACUCUAAUUUUGUCUACUACAGUGGUCCCCAACCUUUUUACAGUGGAGUACCCCUUCAGAUAUUUGCCUGAAGCCAUGUACCCCCUACUCCUGCACACUAAAAACAUACACUUUUUAUCUUAAUUAACUUGAAAUAUUCAACAGAAUUAAUUUGUUAAUGAAUUUUAUA